AUGCAGGAACCAACAGAACGUUAUAUCCGCAGCCGCAUCGCCAACGCCUGCGAUGGCUGCAAAUCUCGCAAAGUAAAAUGCGACGGGAAAUUACCUUGCAGCUACUGCGCUCGUCGUCAAAAACCUCACGACUGCCAUUACUCACCUCAAAUCCGAAGACGAAGAGCUAAUCCUCAAGGAUCAGUGUCUUCACUGAGAUCACCACCCGCUUCGGAACUUGAUAGGGCUCUUUCUACAGGCCGACUUUCUACAGGGAGGAAUAGUCCUGCUACUACUACACCUGUCAACAAUGAAACAACCCAGAAUCAAGCAAUUGAUGCAGAGGAAGAAACCGAAGUUCCAAGAGAAGCGAGGCUGGUAUGCGAUGCGCAGGGGAAAUUGAUCUUUGUGGGUGAUUGUGCGCCAUUGAGCUUCUUUCAAUCUGUGCGUCAACUCGUCACUACCAGAGUUGGACAGAAUGCUUUUGCGCCGCAGUCAAGUCGUUACUCCGUCCUUGAAAAUGCCACUGCGCAUCAAUCGCGUCGAACACCAGGCGAUAACCGCAUUCCAAGCGUUAAUCCCGACGACAUUCCCCAUGCUGUAUCAAAUUACCUAGCAAUUUCGACUGGACUUGUGGAUUUAUUUGACCAUCGUCGAUUGCAAGAUGAUCUCAUCUUCUGGGCGAACAUGGGUCAAAAACCGGAUGAUGCCACUACCAUAGUCAAUUUGCUAGUAUUGGCCAUCGGAACAAAGAUUGAUAACGAGGAACGCGCGCAAGAGUAUUUUGAGUUCGCCCGCGAAAAAGCGUAUUCCAACCUCACGGGUAAUCUGAGUGUUACAACGGUUCAGAUGUUUACUCUUAUCACGCUAUACAUGCUCUGCUCAUGUCAGAUCAACGGCGCAUUUUUAUUCUUCGGCACAGCUGUCCGUGCGGCUUAUUCCAUCGGUAUCCACAGGACAGAAGUUAAUGCGCGUUUUGGGCCAGAUAUUCACAGACAAAGGGAUCGUCUGUGGAAGAGUUUACGUGUCGUUGAUCUAUUUCUUAGUUCAUCUAUGGGAAGACCGCCUGCGACGUCGGAUGUGGACUGCACAGUACCUUAUCAAAGUCAAGAUGAGAAUCUCGAUGAAUCACUUGAUUUACUCAACGCUUCAGUACAAAUAUUCUUGGUUCUAGAAGGUGUUGUUACAGAGAUUUACUCACGACGAAAGAUUUCACUGCAACUCACAGAAGGAAUAUCACUUCAAUUACGAGAUUGGUCUUCGCGCUGGUUGAAGCAACUCAAAGAUAUCGUUGCCAAUCCGGAUAUUCAAGACAGAGCUCAAGCAAGUGGAGCGUGUCAGAUCUUGGCUACGUAUUACUACGCCGUCAUGCUAGUAUCCCGUCCAUUUCUCAUGUAUGAGCUCUGCAGACGGUUGUCCGAUGGUUCAAUGGCUUCUAAUGGACGAUCUGCUUUGACAUCUGGCAAGUCGAAGCUCGCUGAUGCGUGCAUUGAUGCAGCAAGUUUGAUGGUUGAUCCUAUACUUGACCUGAUCCAGAGGGGUGUUCUCGUUGGACAUGUUCCUAUCCUAGUGUCAUGGUUAUUCGCCAGCUCUCUCGUCUUAGGAAUUGGUCUCCUUGGAGGUUUUGGUAGAGUCCUCGAGAAAUACACUCGAAUGGCAAUCCACGCUCUUGACCACUGCUCCAAUCACGACACUCACGCAGGUCAAUACUCCCUUAUCGCCCAAUCUCUUCUCGCAACAUCCCUCGAACAUCUUGAAAAGCGCGAACUUGCUGAACGUCAACGACGCACAGAAAACUCAAAGAGACAAGCCAGCCCGGACUCAGUCCUGUGGCCAACAGAGGAAGAGAAUCUUUAG